CUUACAUUGAACGAAGUUGUGUUAGUGGUAGUGAAGGAAUCAUUUCUCAAUUACGAGUGCCUCCAGACCCAGGCUCCUUCGACGCUGUUUCCAUUCUUGAAUCUACCCUGCAGAAGAACUCUGGAAUGCUGUCCUCAGCGUUCCGAGAAUUGUACCUGAACCCGAGGACUCCGGCGGAGUUAGUAAUGGCGAAAUUGGAAUUAAAAAAAAAAAAAAAAGGAAGGAAAAGCAAAACCGAAACGCAGUGCAAUAGAAGGAGCAACAGCAACGGCUAACGGGCGAUUCUAACUUCUAAUUUCAGUGUUCUUGCAGUGACUCAGUCCAUCUGCCAUGGGAAGAACGACCAGACGAACCCUCAGAGCUUCUACCACUGAUUCAGCCAACUGGAAAAUCUGAGAAGUUUUUUCUUUUAUGUUCGCAGGAUUACCUAGAAACCGUGGUUCCUACACAACUCGCCGAGCGAGGCUCCAAUCUAGUCGUCAUCAAUCCAGGUUCUGCAAAUAUCAGAAUGGGUCUCGCUUCGCAGGACAAUCCGUUCAAUUUUCCUCACAGCGUUGCUCGGUACACCAACCAAGUCCCCAAGAGAAAUGCUCAAGACCAGAUGGGACGUGUAGAUGGAUAUAAUCCACAGUGGCAGGAAGGAAGCAGCGUUUACUUGGACUGAUAUAUACGAGAAGGAACCAACUUCAUCUUUGCCAUUAGGAAGUUGGACAAAUGAAGUUGUGACUAAUGAGUCUGUGGACCAGCAUGAAGGCACUAACUCUGAGGAACUUAUUUCAAGCAAAACUAAAUUCAGACAGUUCAUUUGUGGUGAGGAAGCACUUAAAAUAUCCCCGAAAGAGCCAUAUUGCUUACAACGUCCUGUUCGCAGAGGUCAUUUGAAUAUUUCUCAACACUAUCCCAUGCAGCAGUUACUUGAGGAUCUGCAUGCUAUUUGGGACUGCAUUUUGAUAGAGAAACUGCAUAUCCCUCUCAUUGAGAGAAACAUGUACUCUGCCAUUCUUGUUGUGCCAGAAACAUUUGAUAAUCGGGGUAUUUAUAUCUCAAAUAGUUCUUUACAGAUUUUGAGAUCUUUAGGAUAGAGAAAUCUCUCUCAUUUACUCUUGUGUCUAUACACACACACACACAGAUGCUAUAUACUUGAGGAUCUGCAUGCUAUUUGGGAAUAAACAGGGGGAUCUUUCUCGCUGUUGAAUCCUAAUAGAACAAAGAAAAGGGAGAAGAAUUGGAAUGCUUCCAAACAUAGAGUUGUUUAUAAGUGCACCAUUAAAAUGAGUAAAUAAGAUCUUUUAUGGCACUAUUUUCCGGUUUCAUUUUUGGACUUGCAGGUUUGACUAGCAGAGUGCACCAUUAAAAUGAUGCGAGAAAAGGGUUGACUGUUUGUGUUUUCAUUUGUACAGAUCUUCAUCUAAGUAUGUGAAAUAUGCUUAUUGUAAGGACCAAAUCUUUUAGCAUAGCUUACUACAUCAAGGAGUGGAUCAUGAGAUUUUUUUAGUUAAUAUAUAUCCACUUCUUUUCUUCA